AUGGAUAACCCUCAUGAUUCCAACAGCUCCCAGACCAGACCCGAAGAGCAGAAUGAUGAUCCACCGGCGGACACUCUCAAGAUGAAAGAGACGCAGGGCUUGCAUGAAACCACACCCGACCACCAUCUGAGGCGCCGGAAGCGGGCCCUGUGGCUUCUCUUGCUCUAUCUACCGGUGCUGAUCCUCCCGUGGAUCUUCACCUGCAUUAUGAUGUUUCGCCCGAUCAUGAAACCUUCAUAUAUCAACCAGUCAGGGGGUUAUUCGAUGACCGACAUUCAUGUCAUGCGACGCUGGAAUACCGCGACGGAUAUUCUCCAUAAUAUUGCUUCGAUUCUGGCGGUCCCGAUCGUCUCGGCUCUUCUGGCCUACGGUGCGGUCAUCUACACCCAGCGUCGUAAAGCGAGCCAAGACCUGAAUAUCCGACAGAUGUUUGCUCUUGCCGACCGGGGCUGGACAGAUAUCCCCACCUUGUGGUUUGCGCUCAGGAAACCAAGCCAAGAGCAGUCUUCUCGGUAUCUGGGGUAUGGGGCUUUGCUCAUUCUUCUGGCUGCCAUCCAGCCUCCUUUACGUCAGCUUUUAGUCCAAGACGAGACAAUGACCGUGAUCACAUGUGAUGACCAGCCCGUAGCAACCAGUAACGACGACCCGACAUGCGAUACGCUGGACUUACAGACGAAGGUCGUUGGCUAUGACCCGGAACCGCAGGUCCUUGAGAUGUGCCCGCAGAAUAUAGUCAUCCAACGGACCCGCAAUAAGAUCAUCGAUGUCCGGCGGCUCGAUGUCCAGCCCCACCUAUGGCGACAAGUUCACGAGGACGAUAACUAUCCCGUCGAAGAUCAGUUGAUGAACAGUUUUCAGUUCUACUAUGGUGGCAAAUUUUCACCGGAUGAGGAUUACGAGAAGCGCCGCUACUUUAUAUCGUCGCUCAGAAAUGGUACCACGACUGGCGUCCUUCGCGAGCAUGCGAUCCGGAUGGACACCGAUGUGAAGUGCACCAUAGACAACAACUUUCCGGACCAUUGUGCUGGAGACAGACCUUUUAUCACGAACUUCACAAGUCCUGCUCUGGAAGUUGCAGUUUGUGGUGAGGGCACCUACGACCGGUUUCCUUGGAAGAACACCCGGGAUAAGCAGGAAAUCAAGGAGCGUCUUUGGAUGCGCACCAAGGUCAAUGUAGACACAGUUCGGCAGCAUGAGACUGUUAAUAUGAAUCUAAGAGAGCCACCACCUAAGUCGGACCCCUUCACAUCUGAAGCUUCCUUGGAUCCUUUCUGGACGUAUAAGCUCCAAACCCCUGGGCCGCUGUUGUCUGCCGCCUUGGCCCUCUUUGGCAACGGAACUCUUCUUCACACAGCGCGAGAGGCUAGCAAGGACCAACAACAGCAGACCGCCCUCCACAUUUGCCACCAUUCAAUCAUUCCCUUUAUGCUAUACAACCGAGACAGCGACCUGAGCCAUGACUUGCUAACACACCAGUGUGCCAACGUGGACACAGAUAAAGAGUAUGUAAAGUAUCUCCUCCUCCCGGGGCUCGUUGGAGGCUUUAUGCAAAUGCUGCAUUCUCCAGCCGCCGCAGAGCAGCUCUUGGAGUUGACAGCCUUCUUCGCUAGCGAAGCGCUGCUGAUGACAACUGCCGAGGUAUCGCUCUCGGAGUCCAGGAAGAUAUACACCUCAGAGGGCUCCACAAUUCUGAAGCCGGAAAAGUCAAUCCCAGGGUUAAUCGUCAUCUCGUUCCUCAUUUGCCUUCAGGUCGCCGGGCUGUUGGUCCUAGCCAGAUUCAUCUACUCGGCGCCUUCGUGGACAUUGAUGUUUGAUGCGAAGGCGCUGGCGAGAAUUGGCGCGCAGCUUCACGAUCAGGGCAAAGACUUGGAUGACGUCUCUGUAUCCCCUUCCCCACCAGACAGGCCAUGGACCACUAGUAAGCUUGGUCUAUUCGGACAGCAGAAGAAGCUUGAAACCCCUGAAGAAAAGGGCCAGACCGUGGAUAGGGGAAGCAAAGAUGCCACCGUGCCAUCAGUCGUCACAGCAGGAUAA